GAUACCAGUUGCGUUAAUCCAUUUUGUGUGCUCGGAAGAGAAGAGGCUUCUUCUUUUUCUUUAUUUGCUUGCUUUCUUUUGCUUGCUUGCUGUUUCGAAGCCAGUGUUGCUAACCGUGUACAGCGAUCAAAUCCCAGUAAUGGACAUUUCUACAGACAUCAGGGAUAGCGGAAACUUGUUCGUCCCUGCUUCCUUAAAGAAUGGCUAUCCUGGUGUUAGGUGGGGUGGAUAUUCCCCAGUUGGAACCUAUUAGCUCUGGAAGUUAAGUGGAUGUGUGUUUAUGAAGACAUUAUCGGAGCAAAUGCGUGUAUCUGUACCAGAUAAAAAUCUCUACCCCCCCUCCCCUUGUCCUGUAAUUGAUGCAGAUAUAGAGUUUUGAAAUCCAUCACAACCAUGAAGUCUCCGACGGCAGAUCCUCCCCGUCAAAGAAGGAUGCUGUGGAUUAUUCUUCUAAGCACAAUCGCCGUAGCAUGGACUACCCCCAUUCCCUUGAUAGAGGACUCGGAGGAAAUUGAGGAGCCUUGCUUUGAGCCUUGUUACUGUGAAGUCAAAGAAAGCCUUUUUCAUAUACACUGCGACAACAAGGGAUUUAUAAAUAUUAGUCAGAUAACGGAGUCCUGGUCGAGACCUUUCAAACUUUAUCUGCAGAGAAACUCCAUGAGGAGAUUAUACACCAACAGUUUUCUCCACUUGAACAAUGCUGUUUCUAUUAACCUUGGGAACAACGCUCUACAAGACAUUCAGACAGGAGCUUUUAAUGGGCUCAAAAUUCUGAAGAGGUUGUACCUGCAUGAGAAUAAAUUAGACAUUUUCCGAAAUGAUACUUUCCUGGGGUUGGAAAGUCUGGAAUAUCUGCAGGCAGAUUACAAUGUCAUUAAGCGGAUUGAAAGUGGGGCUUUCCGAAAUCUGAGCAAGCUGCGGGUCCUGAUCUUAAACGACAACCUUAUCCCCAUGCUUCCCACCAACUUAUUUAAGUCUGUGUCCUUAACUCACUUGGACUUGCGUGGGAACAGGUUGAAAGUGCUUUCCUACCGAGGGAUGCUGGACCAUAUUGGCAGGAGCCUGAUGGAAAUCCAGCUGGAGGAAAACCCCUGGAACUGUACUUGUGAGAUCGUUCAGCUCAAGAGCUGGCUGGAGCGCAUCCCUUACACUGCCCUUGUGGGAGACAUAACCUGUGAGACCCCUUUCCACUUCCAUGGUAAGGACCUGAGGGAAAUCAAAAGAAACAAACUCUGCCCUAUGCUGUCUGACUCUGAGCUGGUCAGUAUAGGUGUUCCUCAGUUGCCCUCAAGCAAGGAGAACGCGUGGCCUACUAAGCCUUCUUCCAUGCUGUCCUCCUUCCAUUUCACUGCUUCCUCUGUCGAAUACAAAACAUCCAUGAAGCAACCCAAGCCCACCAAACAGCCCAGGGCACACAAGCCGCCCCCUACACCUCGAGGCCUAUACCCUGCCCCCAACCAGCCUCCAAUUGCUGCCUACCAGACGAGGCCCCCCAUCCCCAUCAUAUGCCCUACUGGCUGCUCUUGCAGCCUGCACAUCAGCGAUCUGGGCUUGACAGUCAACUGCAAGGAAAGGGGGUUCCACAACAUUUCUGAGCUCCUGCCCAGGCCUCUCAACGCCAAGAAGCUGUACCUGAGUGGGAAUUUGAUACAGAAAAUUUACCGUUCCGAUUUCUGGAAUUUUUCUUCCUUGGAUCUCCUGCAUCUCGGGAACAAUCGGAUCUCCUACGUGCAGGACGGGGCUUUUAUUAACCUGCCCAACCUGAAGAGUCUGUACUUGAAUGGCAAUGACAUUGAGAGGCUGACCCCUGGCAUGUUUAGGGGCCUGCAGAGCUUGCAUUACCUGUACUUUGAGUACAACCAGAUCAGGGAGAUCCAGCCUGCCGCCUUCAGUCUCAUGCCCAACUUGAAGCUGCUUUUCCUCAACGACAAUCUCCUGGGGACCCUGCCUACUGAUGCCUUCGCAGGCACCUCCUUGGCCAGGCUCAACCUGAGGAACAACAAAUUCCUCUACCUGCCCGUGGCAGGUGUCCUGGAGCACCUCAACGCCAUCGUGCAGAUUGACCUGAAGCUCAACCCUUGGGAUUGCACGUGUGACCUGGUGCCCCUCAAGCAGUGGAUCGAGACCAUCAGCUCUGUCAUCAUGGUGGGGGAUGUCCUUUGCGCCAGCCCAGAGAACCUCACCAACCGAGAUGUCCGCUCAGUAGAGUUGGAGGUGCUGUGCCCAGAGAUGUUACAUGUUCCUGCUGCCUCGCCAGCCCCACCGGCCUGGGGCCACCCUAGCCCCACCAGUCCCUUUGAGGCCUCCCCAGCUGGGGGAGGCCCGGUGCCACUCUCCGUGCUCAUCCUCAGCCUGCUCGUACUGUUCUUCUCUGCCGUCUUCAUCGCGGCAGGCUUUUUUGCCUUUGUCCUCCGCCGACGGCGCAAGAAACUCCCCUUCCGGAACAAGCAGCGGCAGGAGGCACUCGACUUGACGGGCAUCCAAAUUCAGUGCCACCACCUGUUUGAGGAGGGAGGUGGCGGCGGGGGCGGGGGGAUCAGUGCUUCCCCGGAGAAGGCCCCCCCUGUGGGCCACGUCUAUGACUACAUCCCACACCCAGUGACGCAGAUGUGCAACAACCCCAUCUACAAGCCCCGGGAAGAGGACGACGUGGUGGCUGGGGAGCCCGGGCAACCUGGGGACAUCCUUCUGGGUGGAGGAGGAGGAGGAGGUGGUGGAAGUGGCUGUGUAGGGGAACAAUUCGCCGACCCUUUGAAGGACAGCGGGAGCAGCAGUUGCUACAGGACCUUGCUGGAGAAGGAGAAGGAGUGGAGCCUGGCAGUAUCCAGCAACCAGCUCAACACCAUAGUGACCACCAACCAUCAUCCACACCCCCAUCCACCGGGAGGGGGACUUGGUGGGGGGCUGCCUCUCAUGGGGGAGCUAGCGCUGGUGCCGCCCGUCUUCCAUCACGAGAAGAACGGUGGGGUGGUUCUCUUCCCCCCGAGUGGGGCCCUUCUAGACAGCAGGGAGAGGCCCCCCUUAGCCCCUCCGUGCACAGUGGGCUUUGUGGACUGCCUCUACGGCACGGUGCCCAAAUUAAAGGAACUGCACGUGCACCCCCCUGGCAUGCAAUACCCAGACCUGCAGCAGGACGCCAGGCUGAAAGAAACCCUUCUCUUCUCGGCUGGUAAGGGCUUCCCAGACCACCACCAAACCCCCCCAAGUGAAUACCUCGAGUUAAGGGCCAAACUCCAAACUAAGCCGGAUUACCUCGAAGUCCUGGAGAAGACCACGUAUAGGUUUUGAAAAUGUCUAGCUUUUAUGGCCAAAACCCACCCACCCCCCACCCGGACCCCCUCCCCCCUCUCCCCACCCCUUCCUCCCCCCAAACCACCGCAUGCUGAUACUAGAGGAUACAGCUCUGCGCUUCCCCCUUGCCAGAUGUUGGUUUGGAGGGAGGGCCCAACUCAGAUGAUCAGUAAUCGAUAAAGUGCCUUUGCAGACUUUUGCCAGCAGAUGUUAAUCAAUCAUUAUUUUUUUAUACUGAAAACUGAGACUUUGACUGUGCCAUGUUGUCUAAGGUAUAAGAAUAUUAUUAUUAUAAUUAUUACGAUGGGGGAUCCUUGUCUGGAUCCUGACAAAGUAAAUUCUAUGUGUGUUACUCUCUUGCCCGCUCUCCCCACCCCCCCACCCCCGUUGUCGGGUUUUGAAAAAUUUGUUUCUUUUGGGGUUUUGCCUUUCUUUUCUUUUCUCCCUCCCCCCCCCCCCCCGCUUUUUUCCUCUCUCGAAGGAAACCCUUCCAUUCUAUCUUUUUAUGUCACGGGGAGGGAGGCGGACUUAAAAGGCAACAUCUUUUUGUGGCUUGGUUUCUUCUUUCCCGCACCAUGGCACAGAUUCUGUACAUUUAUUAAACAAAAACAAAAGGGGGGAAAAACCACAACAAAAUGCAGUUUGCUGCAUGUCUGGAAACUGCAGGAAGGGAGGGGAGGGGAAGGGUCUCGUUCGAAUGUUCUCACUCUCUUGUCUUCUUCUCUCUUCUUUCUCUCACGUACAUGCACACAAAUACAAACGUCUCAGCCCAGCUCUGAAUCCCCAGGCCUCCUUAGACAGCUCCUUAGGGAUUCCAAUGUGCCUGGUACUCUUCCAUUCCCCUCUUCCUGCCCUCUCCCACCCCUAAAGGGGGCACCACUCUAAUUUCUCUGCCUUCUGCAAAAGUGGGUGGGGGGGGGAGAUACCUACUGCUAGCUGGAAAUCAUCCCCUCAAGUGAAGAAGCCCUUCAUUUGUUCCCUUGCGUGGCUCUCCUACACCUAAAGAAAGGUCAUUAUCAUUUCAUUAAGUUUGUUUUCGGAGAGCCGCAUUUCUAAUUAAAGAGCCUCCAACAUAUUUUUUAAAAAAACAUACAGGAGAAAAACCCUGGGUACCUGUCACAGACAUCUUGAUAGAAGAAGCACUUUUAAUGUUCUCUCUCUUUCUCUCUUCCUUGCUCACAUGCAGACACACAAAUGCAACUGUGCAUAUAUUUAUUCUGUACUUUAAAGUGAAUAUAAAUUGUAAAGGUAAUGUUUAAUCAUUGUACAGUGAUGCGUCUGGUAUAGCUUUCCUAAUAAAAAGUUUUGAAAAAAAUUAUAUAGAUAUAUAUUAGAGGACAAAAAACUUGAGUCUUAAACUUCAGCUAUACCUUUUUUCAUAUCAAUGUUCCUUUUCUUCCCUUUAAGCCCACACACUAUUUCAUUGCCAGCAGUACAAUCCACUGUGGUGUUAAAAUAUCUAACCACCAUCAUUAUUCGUGCAGGUUCUUUGACGAAAUACAGUUCUGCACCUUGGGGGUCUGAUUUUCAUUCUCUCCCUUUCUCUUUCUCUUUCUCUCUGUCUCUUUCUUCCUCCAUUUCAGUUUGCUUGGCUUCGGUCUAAGUGGGUUCCCCCCACCACUUAGUUAAAAAUAUGCAAUUGAAUUAUUUCAGUGCUUUUGGUUCCUAGGAUUAUGUAUGGUUCCACUGCAAGGAUAUGGGGGGAAAGAAUCAUGUGAGGAUUUUCAGUUGAAGUUGCAUAAAGUUAUUUAAAAGUGCGUGGAUGGGAAUAUAUUUAUAGGUUCUAGAGGGGAGGGGGAGUUGUUCAGAAUGGCAAGCAUAAAUUGGUGCAUUUGGGGUAGUUAUCCACCACAUUGCCUCUUCCCCUCUCAAUUGGAGAAAUUAGGCCUAAUAGCAUGAAUUCAAUCUUGGCUUCUCUUAUCUCCCACCUGCUUGGCUGAAAUCAUAGCUGGAGAUGAGAAGAUGAAGUGGUUUUCUGUGUGUUGUGUGGAUUUUCUUUUUAACUUUGAAAUUGAUACCAUGCUGCCAAAUUGACUUGUUAAAGCAUAUUAUGGGUAAACCCCCUUUCUUUUAGAGUGAAACCAAAGAGGAAACAAAUGGGAGGGUUGUUUGUUUAUUUCAUUUCCUUUUGAGGUAUCUAGCUGGUAUCUU